AUGGCGGAGUGUGCAGGCAGGCCAACUUCUCAGUGUCCUGCUCAGCUCCAGAGCAGAAGCACUCCCUCCCUGCUGGAACCUCUUCUUGCCCAGGGUUUCCCGGAGCACCUCGUGCAGAAGGCUUUGGCUGCAACAGGAAGGGCGGGUCCUCAGGAAGCGUCUGAUUGGAUACGGGCCCAUGGGAAUGACCCGACGCGCGAUGAUCCCAUUCCACAGGAGUACGUGCUGUAUCUAUGUCCGUCAGCCCCGCUCUGGGACCAGCUGCUGGUGUUCUGGGCUGAGAGCCAGAAGCAGUGUGGCAGGAACCGUGCCCACGAGCUCUUCCCACACAUCAGUCUCUGCCACUUCUUCACAUGUGAAGACAGUAAAUUGGAGAGGUUGUACGAAGCUCUGAAGAAGACCGGAGACAGGUUUGUGGAUGGAUUCCCCUCCUGCCUCUCCCUGACACUUCACACAAGCUCCCGCUACAUUGGGUUCUUCCUGGACGACGCAAGUGCCGACGUCAUCAAGCAGUUUGCCCUGGCGUUCCGUGAGGCAGCAGCCAAACUGGCAGACUGCCAGGUGGAGGUCAGCAGCAACCCCCUGCACCUCACCCUCUCCCACCGCUUCCUCCCUGAGCACCAGCGGGAGCUGGAGGCCAGAGCUCGGGCCAUCGGUCUGGGGGUCAGCUGCCAGUGGACAGUCGGCCUGUACUCCCGGGACAUGCGCUUCGUGCACUACCAGGUUCUACAAGCACUUUACCCAUACAGCCCCCAGAAUGAGGAUGAGUUGAAGCUUGAUUCUGGCGACUACAUCUUCCUGCAUCCCACCGAGCAGGCUGGUGUGAGUCAGGGCUGGGUCUUUGGCACCUCACACCGCACAGGGUGCAGGGGGCUUCUGCCUGAAAACUACACAGAGACGGCAUCCGAGUCCAACACCUGGGUCAGUCACAGGUCCUACACCUUUGGACUGACUCAUGUGGAAGCCAGCGGGGUGAACGGCAACUGUUCGCCCGGCCCCGACACAGACUCCAACCCAAUGCCCAACAGCAUCCACAGGCUCCUGGAGGCACAGCUCCUGGCGACUGCCUCCUCCCGGCGAUGGCUGCUGUUCCUGCGACAUGGUGAGAGAGUCGACCUCGUGUUUGGCAAGGCCUGGAUGGAGCAGUGUUUCAGUGGGGAAGGCAGAUACAUCAGGACAGAUUUAAACUUUCCUCACAGUGUACCACAGAGGGCAGGUGGCACCAGGGACUAUGAACACGAUGCUCCCCUAUCUUCCUGCGGCAUCUUCCAGUCUCGGCUGAUGGGAGAGGCGAUGACAGACAGGGAGGUCCCAAUCCGCUGUGUGUACAGCUCACCCGCCCUGCGCUGUGUUCAGACUGCUCAUCACCUGCUGCAAGGUCUGAAGCCCAGUCCCCAGCUGGGUAUUUGUGUGGAGCCCGGACUCUUCGAAUGGACCAAGUGGGAGGCGGCAAAAUCGAUCCCAAACUUCAUGUCUGUCGCAGAGCUCAAGGCAGCUGGUUACUCAGUGGACGGGAGUUACAGGGCACAUGUUCCUAUCACCGGUCUGAUUCCAUCGGAAACGUAUGAAGACUACGUUAGUCGUUGCUCUACAGUGAUAAGGACCAUAGUGAACAGCUGCCCAGAAGGAGGAGGGAACAUCCUGUUGGUGGGUCAUGCCUCCACCUUGGACUGCUGCUCACGGCCCAUUACUGGAACUGCCACCCAAGGAUGCCAAGAAAUUUGUACAAAUGAUCAGAAAGAUUCCUGCUCUCGGGUUGUGCUGCUGUGAAAAAGUUCGAGAAUCAGAGAAGUGGAGAAUGAUCGAGCCUCCAGUCAAGAGUCUGACUCAUGGACCCAACCCAGCAUUCAACUGGAGAGACACACUUCUGCUGAAUUAAAGAUAUUGU